AUGGAAACAAAAUCCGUGACUGACUGCCACAUCAUAAUAAAUAAACAGGAUUUAUUCAUACUUCAAAGUUGGGAAUGGUUCAUUUUCGAAACAGUCGUACGGAAAAUCGCCAUCAAUUUACCAACAGUAUUAAAACAAUUUGACCAGAUUGGUCGUUACAUAAAAGAAGAAAUUACCAAAAUGGAAACACCAUUAUUGAAUAUGAGUGAUAUACAAAUGUUAAUAAAAAAUCUUCAAGAUGAAAAAAUCAUAGUGAACAUGCUGAAACAAGAUGUCUGUUAUGUCACUCAAAUCAAAAUGUUUGCAACUAUUCAAUUAGCAGAGUGCUGA